AUGGUGAGCGUGAGCGGAGACUCCGGGCAAGCCCCGCCUCCUCCCCCCUAACUACCUCACACACCGCGACGGCAUGGCCACGCCCACCCAGAGCAGCAACCAGGGACUAACCACGCCCACCCAGAGCAGCAACCAGGGACUAAACCACGCCCACCCAGAGCAGCAACCAGGGACUAUACCACGCCCACCCAGGGACUAUACCACGCCCACCCAGGGACUAAACCACGCCCACCCAGGGACUAAACCACGCCCACCCAGGGACUAAACCACGCCCACCCCAUGGACUAAACCCGCCCACCCAGGGAUAAACCGCCCACCAGGGCAGCAGCCUGGGACUAACCACGCCCACCCAGAGCAGCAGCCAGGGACUAAACCACGCCACCCAGGGCAGCUUAACCAGGGACUAACCAUACCCAGGGACUAUACCACGCCCCACCCAGGGACUAUACCACGCCCACCCAGGGACUAAACCACGCCCACCCAGGGCAGCAACCUGGGACUAAACACGCCCACCCAGAGCAGCAACCAGGGACUAACCACGCCCACCCAGGGACUAACCACGCCCACCCAGGGACUAACCACGCCCACCCAGGGACUAAACCACGCCCACCCAGGGCAGCAACCAGGGACUAACCACGCCUACCCAGGGACUAUACCACGCCCACCCAGAGCAGCAACCAGGGACUAACCACGCCCACCCAGAGCCACACCCAGGGACAGACCCCGCCCACACACUGACAGACCCCGCCCACACACUGACACUGAGCCACACCCAGGGACUGACCCCGCCCACACACUGACACUGAGCCACACCCAGGGACAGACCCCGCCCACACACUGACACUGAGCCACACCCAGGGACAGACCCCGCCCACACACUGACACUGAGCCACACCCAGGGACAAACCACGCCCACACACUGACACUGAACCACACCCAGGGACAAACCACGCCCACAUGGCCACACCCAUAUAGUGCCAGAGAGUCCCACCCAGGAAUAGAGCCGCGCCCGUUCCUGUGGCAGUUCCCCUCAGAUUGGUGCAUGUUGGAUGUGACGUUCCUGACACAAUAAUCGCUGCAGUGAUAUUACUAUUAAUCUACGCUGCAGGCAGCGGUGGUGCACACUGGAGGAAGAGAAAGAGCUGCAGUUUUGUGGAUUUCCUGAUUUGUUGCAUUUUAUUGACUAACUGUCAUUUAAAAUGUGCUGCCCUGAUGUAUGCAGUCAUUAUAUGCUGCAGAAAGGAAAUCCUUCCUAACUAAUAAAGGGAUAGGAUUUGGACUCCAGAUAGAUAAAUGGAUUGAUUGUAUUGUGGACGUCGGACAGCAGUUUUAAUGAAGAAAUCCCCUCUAGCCGGGCCUGUUAGCUCUGCCUGCGCUGGACGUUUCCAUGGAUACGCUGUGUGAUUAAUUAGAUUAGUGUCUCGUAAUCGAAGUAGUAUUAAAGCUGGGAGUGACACGCACAUCCUGGACGCCUGCCCAUUGCAUUCAGUUACUGGACACCCUGUCCACGGAGGUGCUGUGAGGAUUAUUCCUAUUAAUACAGGGACGUUUACGGCUAGUCGGCCACGUGUUAUUACAUUGUCCGCUAGCCGUGGCUCACAGAGUAUUAUUCUGUGUUCUCAUGUAAGAUCCGGGUGAACGAGCUCCAUGCCUGGACUUGCACAGUCUGGAAUCGAGCUGCGGGGACAUUCCAUGCAUUAUAAAUCGCAGACACAGACUGCCACGUCCAAUGCAGGCAUCAAUCUGAGAAAUGGCUUAACUGGGACACUUACCACACUCAGUGACACCUACCUGCCUGUGUCAGUGAUCAGAGUUUCUGUAAUCUUAUCAUCAAAGAUCCGAACAUUACUGUACUUUAAACCCUUUACAUUCCUAUUCCUGCCCUGAUAAACAACUGUCUUCUCGUUUUACUAAUAUAUCUCAUACAUCUGAUGCCUUAUAUAAGGAAUGUGUGUGUACACCAGGCUUCACCAGGGAUUGCUUGGAAUCUAGGAGCCAGCUAAAAACAGGGCUUCAACAGCAAAAAUGCAAUUCUUAAAGGGAUACUAUAUUCAGCAGAACCACUGCAGCUUAAUGUGUUCUGAAGACUAUAUCCUGUCCCUGAACGCUUUUCAAUGUAAACACCAUAAUUUCAGAUCAGACCAUGCUUACAUUGCUGCCUAGCAACACCUUUAGUGACAGUCACUCAUACAGCCACUAGAGGUGCUCCCUACGUUGUGGAAAGCUCCCCACAGAGGUGCAUUGAUUCAAUGCAUGUCUAUGACGAUAAGUUAACUGGCGCAGCGUAGCAUUUUGUUACGCAUGCACAGUAGUCUCCCAAUGCUUUCCUAUGGGGCAGCAUUGGAUUUGCGGAGAUUGUCAAGCUUGAUGAUCGUAGCCAUGAAAAUGGAGAUAGCCGCGGCGUCACCAUCACGCUAGGGCAAAAAAGGUGAGUAAAAACACUUUUCCUUUGUGAUUGUCACCUAAACAUACACACUCACUGGCAGAGAGACUCACUGGCAGACACACAAACUGACAGACACACACUCACUGGCAGACACACACUCGCUGGCAGAGAGAUACAUUGACAGGCAAAACACUAAUUGGCAGAGAGACUCAAUGACAGACACACAAACUGACACACACACACUUACUGGCAGAGAGACUCACUGACAGACACACAAACUGACAAACGCACACUCACUGACAGACACACAUUCGCUGGCAGAGAGAUACAUUGACAGGCACACACUUACUGACAGACACACACUCACUGGCAGAAACCCACAAACAGACACAGGCACACACUCACUGACAGAGAGAUACAUUAACAGGCACACACUCCCUGACAGAGCGACACAUUGACAGGCAAAACACUCCCUGGCAGAGAGACACAUUGACAGGCAAAACACUCCCUGGCAGAGAGACACAUUGACAGGCAAAACACUCCCUGGCAGAAUGACACAUUGACAGGCAAAACACUCCCUGGCAGAGACACAUUGACUGGCACACACUUACUGACAGACACACACUCACUGGCAGAAACUCACAAACAGACACAGGCACACACUCCCUGACAGAGUGACACAUUGACAGGCAAAACACUCCCUGACAGAGAGACACAUUGACAGGCAAAACACUCCCUGACAGAGCGACACAUUGACAGGCAAAACACUCCCUGACAGAGCGACACAUUGACAGGCAAAACACUCCCUGACAGAGUGACACAUUGACAGGCAAAACACUCCCUGACAGAGUGACACAUUGACAGGCAAAACACUCCCUGGCAGAGAGACACAUUGACAGGCAAAACACUCCCUGGCAGAGACACAUUGACUGGCACACACUUACUGACAGACACACACUCACUGGCAGAAACUCACAAACAGACACAGGCACACACUCCCUGACAGAGUGACACAUUGACAGGCAAAACAAUCCCUGACAGAGUGACACAUUGACAGGCAAAACACUCCCUGACAGAGCGACACAUUGACAGGCAAAACACUCCCUGACAGAGAGACACAUUGACAGGCAAAACACUCCCUGACAGAGUGACACAUUGACAGGCAAAACACUCCCUGACAGAGCGACACAUUGACAGGCAAAACACUCCCUGGCAGAGCGACACAUUGACAGGCAAAACACUCCCUGGCAGAGCGACACAUUGACAGGCAAAACACUCCCUGACAGAGAGACACAUUGACAGGCAAAACACUCCCUGGCAGAGCGACACAUUGACAGGAAAAACACUCCCUGGCAAAGUGACACAUUGACAGGCAAAACACUCCCUGGCAGAGAGAGACUGACACACACACUUACUGAUUUCUGUCACACACACACACUCUGAUAAUGCAACACUCACUCGAAAACUAUUUGUUUUAUCUUAAUGUGUCCAACCUUUCUCCCUACCUUUGGGAGAGCAGGAGUGGAUCCAUUUUUUUUUUCUUAGGGUUCAGUGGGGCUGCAGUCAUCUCCCUGCUCUGCUCCCUAGAGCGCUGUUUAGUGAUGCGGGGGCCGGAGUGACGUCACAUUCCGGCUCACAGCAUCACUGGAGGGCACACAAGGAAGCAGAGUAGGGAGAUUACAUAUACCUUACCGCCUCCGCAAUCAGCCGCCCGAACUACGUUUUCAUACUUUACCCACAAUCCAUCAGUCAAAGAAAUCCUACAGAAUGGCAAACCACAGGUAUUCUGUACAUAGGAGAACAAAAUGGCAGCGCCCAGAUAUUGAGACCUUACGAAGUAGAAAAUAAAAGUAAAAGGCAACACUUGGCAACACAGAUCUCUUGUCUGCAGCCUUUACAAGCCCUCCCAUUGUAACCCCGCCCAGACUUUCUGUGUCUAUCCAAUCACAGACUUCCCAAAUGCAACUCAUUGAGAUUUGUUUGCAAGGCAGAUGCUCUGGGCAAUUGCUGCCUUUUGCGUUUAGUUCUACUGAGCUAACCAAACCAGGAAGGAACAGGUGUCUGUCAGCCAGGGGGUGUAACCAGGUUAAUUGAAAAAAAAAAUUUCUAUUGUAAUAUUUUAAAAGGGGGGUAUUUUUCACACGCAAAGCACUUCAGCAAACUGAAAUACUUUAGGGCCUGGGGUAUCCCUUUAGAAUAGAAAGGAGAUAAUUAAAGGUGAGUGAAAGGAAAGAAAAGCAAGACUUUGCCAAUUGAAAAAAUAAAAGGAUCACUUUUAUGAUUUUUGUUGUUUUGAUAAUGAAAUUAUUUUUCUUCAUUGACUCUGCUGGUUCACAAUGCAGCAAUUACCCACUGUAUAAAACACCAGGCGUAAUGCCAUACAGCGCAGGAUGUGUUCUGUCCUUAGUAACAGGAAGUAUCAACUUCCACGUCCUAAUUUAGCAUUUUUUUUCCUGUUUUUGCAGAGUGAGUCUCUGGUUGUAUGCGAUGUGGAUGAAGAACUCGUUGAGAAGUUAAAGAAAUUCCGUUUUCGUAAAGAAACCAAUAAUGCCGCCAUAAUUAGUAAGAUCAAGCCCUUGCACAGAAUGUUGGCGUUUGACACAUAAGAUUCCACACGAUCCCCUUCAUGUAUAGUAAGCAGCCGUUUGACCUAUGCAUCGCACAGGCCGGGGCUCAGGAGUACAUGUUGAAUGAAAUCUUUUUCCUGUCCAGUUGAGUCCUGAUGCAAUGCUAGAAAGGAACGAAGUGAUGCAGUCUGUGUGGCCACGUGUCGAGCGAUGAUUAGUGGCAGUGAGCUGACAUCCUAUGCAUUGUGCUGAAAUAACUGCCAUGCUUACCUAUUCCUCUGAUAUUCCCUCUUUUAUCCUCCUGAGAAGAAUGCCAUGUUGAAAGUUCCUAUUUUUUUUUUUUUUUUUUUUAAGGAUCACUAUAGUGUCAGGAAAACAAGUUUAUUACAAUCCUAGGGGUCCCCUCACCCUCAGGGCCCCACUCCCUUGGCGCUGAAGGGGUUAAAACCCCUUCAGUUUCUUCCCUUAAUCCAGCGCCAGGCUCCCACGGCGCUGGUGACCUCUCCUCCCCCGCCGACAUCAGCUCCCGAGUGGAGCGGAAUGCGCGGCAAAAUCGCAUCCAGCUUGCAGAACGUCCAUAUGAAAGCAUUGAGAAAUGCUUUCCUAUGGACGUUCUGCAAGCUGGAUGCGAUUUUCGCAUUCAGCGUCACAGAAGCGCCUCUAGCGGCUGUCCGGAAGACAGCCACUCGAGCCUGGAUUAGCCCUGCUAUAUAAACAUAGCAGUUUCUCUGAAACCUGGGGGACCUGGCACCCAGACCACUUCAUUGAGCUUAAGUGGUCUGGGUGACUAUAGUGUCCCUUUUAAUCUUCAAACACAUUUGUUAGCCUUGUGCUUGACCGUAUAGCUCACAACUGUUUUUUUAUUUUGUUCUUUGUGUGUGUUUUGCAGUGAAGAUCGAUAAAGACAGGCGUCUGGUGGUUCUGGAAGAGGAGCACGAGGUGGGUUAAACAUAGAAUGUGUCUGAAAAUACAUCCACUGAUGGUACAGCAAACCCUCUCUGCCAUUUAAAUACCCUACAGUCCCAAGGAAACUGGUUCCUGACACUGUUUGCAGAGUGAGGUAGUGUAAGCGCUGAAUUAUGACAUCAUACCCCAGUGCCAUCUGCCGCUCUAAUUCUGAACGCGGAGACAAUCCCACAAGGGAAAAACCGGCAUGAAUCCUUUACUUCUUCCCUGGAGUCGCCUAAUACAGUGGCCUCCACAUGUUUUUAUUCCCCAUCUGUAAAAUCUACUCCGCCAAUGUAUCAAUAUCUGUAUAUAUCAUUUCUCUCCUGCUUUCAUCCCUCCUAUUGCUCUUCCUUUCAGUUUGUGUUGCCCUCCUUUCUCUUUCACUAUCCUCCUUGAUAUUUGUCUUUCUCCUUCACCCGCCGUGCACUAUACUGAAAUUCGUGGUGUUUGUCACGUUACGGUUAUUAUCCUGCAGGACAGCAUUUUAAUAUACUCCUGCAAACUUUCCUAUGAUAAAGGGGCCAAUUUGUUUCUACUUUCCAUGUUAAAAUUUCCCAUGCCAUAUUGCAUCCCUGCAGUCAUACCAUUUUAUCUUCAUUACCCCGUAGAUCUUUGCCUUUUUAAAUUCUUCUAAGAUUUGCUUUCAAUGAGAUUAACUUCACAAGUGAAGAAUCAUUUCUCUGUGUGCUGAUAUCGGCAUGAAGGAACACACAGCCUCCAUGCUCCCUCUUACCUUAUUAAUGACUUCCUUCAUACUCUAUACUCCUCUACGUCCUGCCUGGGAGAUCUCCAUCUCCAUACCUGAUCACCUUCUACCUGGGUGCCUUCACUUCAUACCCCUUACCCAUCCCUGCCUAGGCUUUCUCUAUCUUCAUACCUGAUCACCUUCUACCUGGGUGCCCUUUACAUCAUACCCCUUACACAUCCCUGCCUAGGCUCUCUCUAUCUCCAUACCUGAUCACCUUCUACCUGGGUGCCUGUAAGGAAACCAAGUGUAUUUAAACCUCAUUCGGUAGUUUCCUCCCGAACCGCCAGAGCAUUAGUGAUGAGAGCUCUCCGUUCGGUAGAUAAGGUAGACAAAUCGUGUAGUAAUCCCAGUAGUUUCAUGAGAUAAUUCCUUUAAUGAAACACACGAAGCCCCAAACAUCAGCCGAAGUCAAGAAGAAGGGUACAACUGAACUCACUUUUAAUGAGUGCACACAGGCUUUUAUGCAAGUCCCCAUGCAAGGGGACAUCCCCCAGGGAGGGACACAGAUUAACCAAUCAAGUACCGUAAAAACAUAACACACACCCACAAUUCCCUCCCCUAGCCCUGGAGAUAAUCAAGUCUGAUAAAGUACUAACUUGAUUAUCUCCAGGCAGAAAAAUCACAUUUUCCCCAAUAUCUGAAACACCACUUUAUACAUGAGGUAUCCCCACAAAUAACAUAUCCCCUGAUAGCCUUGAUCUGGGUGACCAACAUAUUCAAAUUUCACCCAUAUCGGUUCAAAGUUCUCAAAAACUGUGGAGGUCUUCUGUGACCGGCUCACCCUGGGCUGGCUGCCCAAAACAGUUCCAUGAGUUUGGUGGGUUUUGCCGAAUGGAUCCCACUGGCUCUUAGCAGCGAUUGUUCCCCUCUGUCGAAUGCACCAAAAUACCGAAUAGCACUCUUCUAGCUAUUCAGUAGAGUUCCAGCAUUUGUCUGUUUGAGACCGGUGUUCGGGAAGUCGAGUGUCCGAUUUUAGUUCCAGACACUCGACGACCAAGUCCCGCUGCCUUUGUUCGCAUGAACAAAGAUGGCCGCUGUUUUCUCAGCCACGUGGCGUUCGGUAGUACGAACGCUGGCCGCACAGAUAGAUGGAUUAAUUGAAGCAGUCUUUGAAGUUUAACGAGCCGGGGGUGGUCUUUGUUCGGUAGUUAAAUCUACCGAAUGCAAUAGGGAAGAAAUAUUGUUUUAAAAAAAAAAGGGGGGGGGGGAUUUCUUCACACUGCUCUCCUAUAAGUCCAUAGGUCGGCACACCCGCCUAGACCCUGUCGAGUUGGCUUGGGGAUGUCCGAGAAAUGUCUUUUUGUAACUUGUUCUUUAUUAUUUUCAAGUAUAAUGGGGUACAGAAGGCAAAAAGGGAGGGGGGCAAUGCAGAAUUGUGCGUCUUGACACUGCUUGACAUUGCUUGUAAGUAAUACGUACAUUUUACACAUAUUUCAGGGCUGUAAUACAUUCAGGAUCAUAAGUUAUGUGGGGAGGGAUCUUUGCAUGGAUCUAACAGUCAGUGGUUAACGUGUCUUUUAGUGUUGGGGGGUCUGAGAACUGCCUUGUAUAUGUGUACUGUCCGUGGGACUGUUUGGGGGUCUCGUUGUUUGGUUGCUGUUGAGUGUUUGUUUUGUUAGUUCAAGCAAGGUUUGCGAGAUGGUCGUGGGAUGUUCUGAGGCUAGUAGUUCUGGGGCUAGUAGUUGAAGUCUGUAGCACUAUCAGGACUUCCUUGUCUAGGGUGUCAGAGCAGGUGAAGGAGGCGGGGGGGGGGAGGAGAGCAGGGGGAAGGUGUGUGGAAGGGGUAGCAAGGGGGUGUUUGGUGCGGUACCAAGAAGUGGUGUUAUGUUUGGCAAGGUGUUAUGGUGGGACGUUAGACCUAGUCGGGGUCUGGAUUGGCAACAUUGUUCUUGGUCAAGUUAGCCUUGUGUCGCGUUAGGCUGAGCUGUUUUGUUUAGGUGUUGUUGACUUUUGUACGUGGUUUCUCCACAUCUCGGCAAUGGUUGGGCUUAGUUUCCCUAUGCUCAUUUGGUUCCACAUAAGGAGUUCGUAGUCUACCGUUGCAGACAUUAGGGUUGUGAUUUCUGAGACUGAAGGAAGAGUGGGGGUCUUCCAGUUUCUGGCAAUCAGGGUGGACACUGUGCUGAGUAUGAGGAAUAUCAUCUUCCGUGUUGCUUUGGGGAUGUUAUCUGGAAAUAACUUGAGAAGCACUGCUGCUGGGUCGUGUGGCAGGGUGUAAUCUGUGAUUUCUUGAAUCAGGUGUUCGGUGGUUUUCCACAGCUUGUUUACUGUUUCGCAGGACCACCACAUAUGGAGCAUAGUGCCUUCUUGUAAGUUACAGCGCCAGCAGAUGGCCGUCGUGUUAGGGCCUCCCCUAGCCCUGGAGAUAAUCAAGUCUGAUAAAGUACUAACUUGAUUACCUCCAGGCAGAAAAAUCAAAUUUUUCCCCAAUAUCUGAAACACCCCUUUAUACUUGAGGUAUCCCCACAAAUAACAGCCCCGAUCUGGGUGACCAACAUAUUCAAAUUUCACCCAGAUCGGUUCAGGGGUUCUCAAAAACUGUGGAAGUCUUCUGUGACUGGGUCACCCUGGGCUGGCUGCCCAAAACAGUUCCAUGAGUUUGGUGGGUUUUGCUGGUCACUUUAGUAAAGGGGAAAAGGCGAAUAAAGUACCGAAUGGAUCCCCCUGGCUCUUAGCAGCGAUUGUUUCCCUCUGUCAAAUGCACCAAAGUACCGAAUAGCGCUCUUCUAGCUAUUCGGUAAGUAGAGUUCCAGCGUUCGUCUGUUUGAGACCGGUGUUCGGGAAGUCGAGUGUCCGAUUUUAGUUCCAGACACUCGACGACCAAGUCCCGUUGCCUUUGUUUGCAUGAACAAAGAUGGCCGCGGUUUUCUCAGCCACGUGGCGUUCGGUAGUACGAACGCUGGCCGCACAGAUAGAGGGAUUAAUUGAAGCAGUCUUUGAAGUUUAACGAGCCAGGUGGUGGUCUUUGUUCGGUAGUUAAAUCUACCGAAUGCAAUAGGGAAGAAAUAUUGUAAAAAAAAAAAAAAAGGGGGGGGGGCGGAUUCUUCACAGUGCCUUCACUUCAUACCCCUUACCCAUCCCUGCCUGGGCUCUCUCUCUCUUCAUACCUGAUUACCUUAUACUUGGGUUCCUUCACUUCAUACCCCUUACCCAUCCCUGCCCAUGCUCUCUCUAUCUUCAUACCUGAUCACCUUCUACCUGGGUGGCUUCACUUCAUACCCAUUACCCAUCCCUGUCUAGGCUCUCUCUAUCUUCAUACCUGAUCACCUUCUACCUGGGUGGCUUCACUUCAUACCCCUUACCCAUCCCUGUCUAGGCUCUCUCUAUCUUCAUACCUGAUCACUUUCUACCUGGGUGCCUUCACUUCAUACCCCUUACCCAUCCCUGCCCAUGCUCUCUCUAUCUUCAUACCUGAUCACUUUCUACCUGGGUGGCUUCACUUCAUACCCCUUACCCAUCCCUGCCCAUGCUCUCUCUAUCUUCAUACCUGAUCACUUUCUACCUGGGUGGCUUCACUUCAUACCCCUUACCCAUCUGUCAUUAGCCAUUUCUAGCCUGAAGAGUUCCUUUAAGUCCUGUUGAGUUAAGAAAUAUAAAAAGAAUACAAAUAAGCAUGUAAUAGUUUUCCCUGUAUAUAGUUACAAUGGGGAGCUCAAUUAUUCUUUUAUCAUUGGCAUAUUGAGUGGAUAACCCUGGGUGUAAGUUUAUAAGGUCGGGUUUGUCCUGACACAAAUUUAAAACUUCUCAUUUAAUCACUCUGAUAUUAAAAGAAAUAUUUUGGAAAAAUUUAUAUUUACAUCAAUUAAUACAGUGAACAAAACAAAAAGCUAGUGUAUAGAGAUUCUGCUUCUAUUUAUCAGAGAGCAGCUUUUCGGCAGCUGGCCAGGUUGCCUCCAAUGUUAGAUGCAGACGUUUCCAACGAGUUAAUUUAAAGUACAUAUAAUUGGUAGCAAUAUUAGGUUAAGUUGUACAUUCCACUGUUGCUAUUCUUUAACCCGUUAAGGACACAACUUCUGGAAUAUUUCCAUCAUGUGUCCUUAAGGGGUUAAGAGAAAUUCAGACGUUUAUUGUUUUGUAGUAUCAAUUAAGAGUAUUAGAGCAUUUGUUUAAAUUCAUAAGGUGUGAAUCCUAAAGUGCUUGUCAAGGAAAAUAAAUCAAUAGAGCAGAAUGAUAACUGCCAGAAAGUGCUGCAUAUAUAGUGUCAAUGUUCUGCACUCUGCCUUCCAGGGCACAUUAUAUCAGUCAAAACUAAAUGAGUAUUCUGCCAGCAGCUCCAACUGGCAGGGUCGCCAUCAGGGGGUGACAACCAUGACAGUUGUCAAGGGCCCAGCGGCCCUUGGGGGCCCAGGCCCCAUGUGUAGAGGCAGACCGGGCCCUCUACGCUGAUAGGGCCCAUCGGGUAGCCCAAGCAUUUAGGGCCACCCAAUGGGCACUAUAUCUUCAGGGGCCCGGUCUGAGCUGUGGCCGUGUAAUAGCGCGACCGGGACCCUUUAAAAAUGCCAGCUGCACUGCAAGUACUGCUGGGAGGAAGUGACGGCCGGUAUGUAUGUAUUUAUGUGUGUCUGUAUGUCAGUAUAUAUGUCAGUCUGUGUGAAUGUCUGUAUCUGUGUGUGUCUGUCUGUAUGUCAGUAUGUAUGUGUCUGUCUGUAUGUCAGUAUAUAUGUCAGUCUGUGUGUAUGUCUGUAUCUAUGUGUGCCUGUCUGUAUGUCUGUCAGUAUCUAUGUGUGCCUGUGUGUGUGUCUAUCUGUAUGUCAGUAUUUCUGUAUGUAUGUGUGUCUGUCUGUAUGUCAGUCUGACAGUAUGCAUAUCUGUCAGUAUGUGUAUGUAGUAUACGUAUGACAGAUUGUAAGCUCCCUUGUUCGCUGUCCUGACAGAUUGUUAUCUGAUGUUGCAGAGUAAAUCAUUCCGUGCAUUUAAUUGUUGCCAGCUGAGACAAGUGAAAAUCUAACUGUAAUUACAGUAUCCCUGAGCUGCAGAAUCCCUCCCAAGAGGCGUCUAGCUCAGCAAUUACACCAUCUUGGGCUCUGCCCUAUUAAUUGAUGCUCUAUUUUCUAUUAACAGGGUAUUUCUCCGGAUGAACUUAAAGAUGAGUUGCCAGAAAGGCAGCCACGAUAUCCUUUAUUCAAUGGGAUUGCCUCUCCAAGAUCACAAAGUUGAUCUGCUCCGUUCAUAAUUUUAAAAAACUGUUACAUGUCAAACUGGUUUUAUAUCCCAUGGGUUUUUGUUUUUGUUUAUUUCAUGUGUUUUAUGCUUUUCCCAUUACUAAAUACAAAAAUGUUUUGUGUUCUAAGUUAAAUUUAUAUUUAAUGUACACAUUUUAAGCAUUCGGCCAAUAACAGGAGUAUUUAAUAAAGUGAGAAUUGCCGGGGGUUAAAGUGAAUUUCAAAUCCCAGGCCAAAAUUGCUGGUCUGGAAACAACUGACUGGGAGACUUUUUCUGAUUUGCCUAUUUACGCCUAAAUUAUCUGUUCCCAGCAAUGCUCACUUUGGAGAAUAACCGUGGAAGUUUGCAGGUAUUUGAGAAACAUAUCAAGUCAGGUGUGUCCAACGUAUGACUUGAAUGUACAGAUAUAUCCCAGAUAAAUCUAAACCGCAUGUAAAUAUGUAUGGACUUUGUCUCUCCAUCCCAGGAAGUAAAUCUUAACAGUUCAUUCACGGCCAGAUUACAUUGACAGAGGUUUUGUGAUGAUUCCUUUGAACCUCCUUCUCUUUAUAUGUUCAUACCUGGCUACUGAUCUGAUGUUUCCCUUAACUCUGCUCACAUUUAUAGUAUACAGUUAUAAGUACCUACAUGAUGAUGGAAGAGUCUCCUAUCCGCUGUGUUUCAUUUUCUCCAGUCCCGUUGGUAUGUUCCAUGUACGGCUCGAUGUUAUCAUUGAACUGUGGCCAGAUAAGGUGUAUAUGUGUGUCCGUGGCUUACAGUGAUUGCUUGCAGGCAGGCUGGAUAUUCUGAAGGGUUCCACACAAACGGAACUGAAAAAAACCAGGAUUAGCUGACAUGAGUGAACUUAUUAAGUUAGCAUCAAGUCAUUUCCAAGUCUGUAGAGAUGAAUAUCCAAGAGGCAAAUUGUAAAAAACACAAAAAACAUACACAGGGGGGCAAGAAGAAAAAUUGACACUUUUUGUUCAUUCCUAAAAUGUCUUACAAAACAGACUGCCUUUUACAAGUAAUGCCACCAUCAUACCCCAAUCUGGGUUUUUAACGAAAUGGCACAGAGAGCAUUCUUAAUACUCACACAAGGUCUAGAAUUUAUCAUUGCCCUGUGAUAGGUUGAGAGCGUUUAAACCCGUCUCAUAAAACCUAUAAAGACGGGGAACAAAGCCCUAAUCCGGCAAAUUUCAUUAUUGGCGUGAUGCUGAGACAAUGACCGAAAUAAUUAGACCGACUACAAUCUAUAUGUUGUGCGAAUCCGGGCACAAACACAAUGUUGACUCAUUUGGACUCCAGAGGCAGCUUCAUACCCAUCACACAGGGUUGGGGGGAAAAAUGUGUGUAUAUAUUAUAAAGAUCUCUGUGUGUUUGAAGUGAAUAGGCGUUCUGUAAACAGUGGGCUUUUUAUAGUUAAAGUAAUCCAUUCUAAGCCUUUUUUUUUUUUUUUGUCAAUGUAGGAUGUAAACCUGAACAGCAGAUGAUGUACGCGGGAAGCAAAAACAAGUUGGUCCAGACAGCACAGCUCACAAAGGUACCGACUGUGCGCAGGCACUGUGUGUAAUCCAUAAUAUAAUAAUCUAUUCUAACAACUCUCCCCAAUAUUCGUAUUCUAUACCCUGGCACUGUGUGUAAUAUAAUCUGUGAUUUAACACGCUGAAAAGCCAAGUUCUUUAUAUUGUGUGUAUUCUCACAGCUCUCCCCAAUCUUUGUAUUCUAUACUCUUAUUUACCCCCCGCCCCCUCACCUUGGUUUUAGUGUCAGCUCACCAACAUCAGAGCAAAUUAAUAACCAUCAAUCUGUUUGUUUACUUUUGUGCUUGUUGAAUGAAAAUGCUGAAUUAUUAUUAUUUUUUAGGUCUUCGAGAUAAGAAACACUGAAGAUCUCACUGAAGAAUGGUUGACUGAGAAACUGGGUUUUUUCCAUUAA